AAGGAAGGAGAGAUUUCACACCAAAAAAAAAAAAAUCAAAUCCCUGAAAGUUCUUACCAGGGAUGGAGAGCUAGGACGGGAUAGUAUAGCCAUACCCAGUCCCGAACCGGUCUGUUGCCAUCCCUAGGUGGUAAGGUUCAAAUAGCAACACUUUUUUUUUUUCCUUCUAACAAGUUAAAUUGUGUAAUGAAAAAAAAAAUAGAACCUAAUAAAAUGACCGUUUUAGCCUCCGACCUUGAAGAAAACCGACCAUAAAGGACCCACAAAGGAAUAGCAUCCAUCCAGUAUCAGGUAUCCAACCGAAUCACCAAAACCCUAAACCCUGAAUUUGCCAUUUUCCGCAGAACCUGUAUUUAAAAAAUAAUAAUAAUAACUACUUUGAAAAUUUGGAAAGACGAAAAUAUUAUGGAACUUGUGUAGCUAAGAAUGAAGAGUUUGACUCUGAAAGACCGCAUCUUGGCUUGCACUUGAUGUGUUUGAUGAAAUUCCUCUUCAAUCUUUCUUCAGAAUACUAAUGUCCUGUGAACUGCUAGCUUAGUAUGGAAAACCACGACAAAGCCCAGCUUCAAAGUUUUCUCAAAACUCUUCCCCCUGUUGAGUUCUGCUGUGUCUAUGGCUCAUCUCUCCACCCCAACAAUCCUGGCAGUGCAAAGUCAACCAUGGUAGAUUGCAUUCUUGGUGUAUCAAAUCCCCAACAAUGGCAUUCCGAGAAUCUGACAUUGAACAACGAUCAUUAUGCCGCGUGGAUGGUGCUUCUUGGUGGGGCAAGACUGAUUACUGACGUUGCAGAUGAAAUUGGUGUAGGAGUGCACUUCAAUCCUUUUGUUAGCUGGGACGACAAGAUGUUCAAGUAUGGGGUUGUUCGCAUGCACGACUUGGUUCAGGACAUACUAAAUUGGGAGAGGUUCUAUUUGAGUGGCCGAUUACAAAAACCAGUUCAUGUACUUUUGGAUAAUCUGGAUGUCACAAAUGUAAACUCGGUUAAUUUGAGGGCUGCAAUGUCUGCAGCUCUCCUUCUUUUGCCAUCCAAGUUCACUGAGGAAGAACUGUAUGCCAAAAUAUGUAGCCUCUCGUAUAUGGGCGACUUGCGUAUGCUUUUUGCAGAGGACAGAAAUAAGGUGAAGAAAAUAGUACAAGGGCAAUUUGAAUUGUUCCGUUCGAUGUAUAAGCCAUUUAUUGAAGAGUAUGAGACCAAAGAGUUGUUGAGACGCUCAAUAUCUGGGAAUACUCAACCAAUCAUAUCUCAGGAUGGCGGUUUAUCAGCAGCUCAAUCUCUCGUUUCUUCUCUGCCCCCAAUGGUCAGAAGCCAAAUGGCGAUGAAGCUAGGAGAAAAGAAAGUACUGUGUGACUCUGGUCGAGUUAUUCAGGAAAUUGUGAUUGGCUCCAAAGACGAGGCUGCUAAAUGCAUGCAGACUAUUCUGCAGCGAAAGGUCAUGGUUUCAAGUGCAAGACAGGCCGUGUCUGGUCUCCUGGCUGCUGGUGGCAUUACUGCCAUGAGAUAUGUUGGUGCUAAAAUGAGCAAGGCUUGGAAAUCCUGGAGAUGAUAGCUCUUUAUUUAAUUUUUUAUGCAUUUUUAGUGCCAGUCUUGUUCAGCCAUAAACUGUUAGCAUGAGAGGGACGUGGAAAGCAUGAUUUUUGCAAUUCAUCUCAUUCAACAAGAAACAUAACUUGUAUGAGCUCCCUCCGGUUCACUGGUCAAUAGGUUUCAUUCAAACAAGAUAUUGUUGUUUGUCCCAAGGAAGAAGAAACAGUUGUUAUCAGUGGGCAUUUUGUGAUAAGAAACUGCGGGAGGAAAAUUGAGUUUUGUAUGGACAUGUACAUUUUAAUCUUUAAUUAAGUCCAAAAAAUUGACAGCUGAUUGAUUUAAAUCAAGACUUUGAAUUUGAAUUAUAUCUUUGAAUUUUCUACACGCUGUUUCCAAUAGUUGAAACUCAUCUUUGAAUUUUCCUACAAAUUCCAAUUGGAUCACUGCAUGGGGGCCUCAGUGUUCAAUUUUGUUUCACAGCCUUGACUUCACUGCAAGUAAAGGAUUGCUCAUGGACGGAUAGUAGCCCAGGUACAUCAAUUUCACAGCCUUGACUUCACUAAAAGCUUAGAUCAAUGCCAUUUACAUAUUUGUAAUUACAUGUUUAAUGGCAAAUUUUUCUUCCAUAGACUUAUUUGGAGAGGGAAUAUUUGAAAAAAAAAAAGUAAAAACACUUCACGAAAAAAAUAAAAUAAAAUAAGGAAAGUGUAUUGCUACUGCUUGUUCUAGUGCUCAUUAAAGAACGUUUCAUCAUCAUCCAGUAUCAAUUUCAAAGGCUCUUCUUGAAUUUUGACCCCAAAAAAUAAAAGGCUCUUCUUGAAAGACCUUUUUUUUCUUUUUUCUGUCUUAAUUAAAGAUUUUUUUUUUUUGGCUACAAAAAGAUAUUCG